AUGUCCACAGAUACAUCAUUCUCAUUGACUACAUUCUCACCUUCCGGAAAACUGGUGCAGAUCGAGUAUGCCCUUAACGCUGUAUUGGCUGGAAGUACAUCACUCGCAAUAAAAGCCACCAAUGGUGUUGUUGUAGCCACGGAAAAGAAGCUCCCAUCACCUUUGGUGGAUCAUACAUCGCUUCAAAAGGUCAUUCCUUUGACUGAUCAUAUCGGAAUGGUAUACAGUGGAAUGGGCCCAGAUUCACGUGUUCUCGCAAAACAAGGCAGAAAACAUGCUGAAGAAUAUUAUAGAAUUUACAAGGAACGUAUCCCUGUCUCUCAAUUGGUGAAACAUCUUGCCUCUGUAAUGCAAGAAUACACCCAAACUGGUGGUGUUAGACCAUUUGGUGUAAGCUUAUUGAUUGCAGGUUAUGACGAAACUGGACCACAUUUAUAUCAAGUAGAUCCUAGUGGAUCAUACUGGGCAUGGAAAGCAUCAGCAAUUGGCAAGAACAUGGUCAAUGCAAACACAUUUUUGGAAAAGCGUUAUUCAACGGACAUUGAACUCGAGGAUGCUAUUCACACUGCUAUUUUAACACUUAAAGAAGGAUUUGAUGGCCAAAUCAACAACAAGAAUAUUGAGAUUGGAGUUGUGGGUAAAGAUAAGCUUUUCCGUGUAUUAACACCUGCCGAAGUGAAAGAUUAUUUGGGAGAGGUUGAAUAA